UUAUUAUCUCUUUUUCCUGAAAAGUCAACAAAAGGAACUUCAAUUCGAGACUUCAUCUUCUUUAAUCGAACAGAAUUCUCAGUACAACAAAACAUCCUCUCUUCUUUAUCGUCCUCCAUCUCCAAUCUUCUGGUUUUUUGCUCUGUUUUCGUAAGUUAUAUGAUCACAAAACUGUAUUUUAUUGACCCCCAAAAGCUGGCUUCCGUUUUCCUGGUUCUCCAUUAGAUUUGAUCCUUCCCCCACUUCAUUUAAAUGGGUUUGUUCUCUCAACUUUUGGGUAUGAAAUAAAUGAGAUUUGACUGGUAGAUGAGGAAAAAAGAAGAAAUAAAAACCUAGAAAAACAAUCCAGCCGCCGACGCCGACGCCGGCGAAAGGCUUCUCAGAACUCUAAUCGAUUUUCCGACACUAGAUGCCUAUGGAGUUGGAUAAUUCCUCCACCGCUUCCGGCGAAGCCAGUAUCUCCUCCUCCGGGAACCAACCUCCGCCGCCCAAAUCCAACGCCAAGAAGAAGCGCAAUUUACCCGGAAUGCCAGAUCCGGAUGCAGAGGUGAUUGCUCUGUCUCCGAAGGCCCUUUUGGCCACAAAUCGAUUUGUGUGUGAAAUUUGCAACAAAGGGUUUCAAAGGGAUCAGAAUCUGCAACUCCACCGGCGAGGUCACAAUCUGCCGUGGAAACUCCGGCAGCGGACGGGGAAGGAGGUGAAGAAGAAGGUGUACGUCUGCCCGGAGCCGUCGUGCGUUCACCACCACCCGACGAGGGCGCUCGGCGAUCUCACCGGAAUAAAGAAGCACUUCUGCCGGAAGCACGGCGAGAAGAAGUGGAAAUGCGACAAGUGUUCGAAGAAAUACGCAGUCAAGUCCGAUUGGAAGGCCCAUUUCAAGAUUUGUGGCACCAGAGAGUACAAAUGUGACUGCGAAACUGUGUUUUCAAGAAGAGAUAGCUUCAUCACUCACAGAGCCUUCUGCGAUGUGUUGACGAAGGAGACCGCCGCCGGAAGUCCAUCGCCGGCGGCGGCGGAGAAUCCUAAUUUGGAGUCCGAUCCCAAAGUUCAGCCACCGGGUAGUUCAUCUCCACCACCUUCUGCUCCUCCUCCUCCUCCCGCCGCCGCCCCGAUAGUCCCUCCUCCAUCAACUGACGCGAUAUCAUCAAUUCAGAAUAAAGCCAUGGAUUCGCCGGAAAAUCGCCCGCCGCAGUUAGGCGAGCCACCGAUCAGAAUUGCCCUUUCUGGCAGCUCCGGCGGUAGUACCACCACAAUCGGCAGCACCAAUGCUACAGUAUUGGCUAGCUUGUUUGCUUCCUCCGCCGCAUCGCUGAGCUUACAGCCGCCGCAGCCGCCGGCGUUUAGCGACUUAUUACGAGCCAUGACGCGCCCCGAUCGUCCGGCCGAAAUUGCGGCGCCGCUAGUUUUUGAACCUCUGUCUCUUUGCCUAUCGACCCACAAUGGGUCGUCGCUUUUCGGGACCGGAAUCCAAGAGCGCCGCCCAUAUGCGCCGCCGCCGCAGCCGGCCAUGUCCGCCACAGGGCUCCUGCAGAAGGCCGCUCAAAUAGGUGCUGCGGCGGCGAGCACAUCGGUGUUUCGUGGCCUUGGUCUUUCGUCUUCCUCUUCUUCCGCACAACAGGGGAGUUUGUAAUUGCGCCGCGGCCGGCGGCGGCGGCGGCUGAUCUUGCCGGGCUGUUGAAAUGGCGGCAAUUCUUCACUCUUCUAUAUUAAUAGAAAAUUGAAGCUAUGAAAUUGGAUCUGUUUCAAAGUAGAAUUUUUCGAUUGUUCAAUUGAAUUAUGCUCAGUCCACCGUUUGAUUUUUCUUUUCA